AUGUACCAACAUAGUAAGAAAUGCUUCACCAUCGAGUCAUUGGUUGGCAAAGAAGCGAAUUCCUCGACUGCAGGUGAAGAACCUGUCAGACCCACGGCGUUACGAUUCACGGAAUCAAUUCACCCUUCUCCCUUUGCGACUUGCUUUCAGAACUCCGGCAGGACCGUGUACAGUAGCCCGGAUAUGAUGUUCCCAGACCCGGGUACACACUCGACCAACACCGCUCUGUCUCUGCAUCCGCUCCAGUUGCCCUCCCAGCAUUUUUUCAACCCGCACCAGCGAGAGACUUUGAACUUCUACCCAUGGGUUCUUCGAAACCGAUAUCUUGGACACAGGUUCCAAGGUGAGGACAGCAGUCCGGAGAACUUGCUCCUGCACGGGCCCUUCUCCCGCAAGCCGAAACGCAUCCGCACCGCCUUCUCUCCCUCGCAGCUCCUGCGGCUGGAGCGCGCCUUCGAGAAGAACCACUAUGUGGUGGGCGCCGAGAGGAAGCAGCUGGCCAACGGGCUGUGUCUGACGGAGACGCAGGUGAAAGUCUGGUUCCAGAACAGAAGGACCAAACAUAAGAGGCAGAAGCUGGAGGAGGAGUCACCCGAGUCCCAGCAGAAGAGGAAAGGCAGCCAGCACGUCAGCCGUUGGCGUGUAGCGACCCAGCAGGGCAGCCCAGAGGAUAUCGACGUCAUAUCGGAGGACUGA